CCUGCUGGUAACUCUUAUAUGUCUGCCUCAGGUCUGCAGGCCCCUCCAGUGCUCGGACGGCAGAGGUGGGUGGGGCCGGCUGAGUCCCUGGAGAAGCUGAUCACGCCAGCGGUGGGACAUUACAACCUCGACGUCACUUUUGGCACGCAGUGCCAUCUCCCCUUGCCGCACAAGUCGGAGACUGCCUGUGUGUACGGCAAACCAGCCCAUGCUAAUCGCCUUGUCGCCCGGCAGUGGUGGCGAUCGCACACACAGCGCUUCUCUAGAGCUGUCCCCUGCUGUGAACAUACCCGCAGGAUGUUCAUCUUUGCCCUGCUUGAGGCUAGGUUCCUCGCCGCGUGCCUGGCUGCAUCCCCUUUCCUCCUUCAGCUCGUGCUCUAUCCCGCCGUUCUGUCGCCUUCUUCGAGGUUGAUUCUCGCCUUUGUUCAGCUGUACACUACCACCGCUUGUGUCGCGGCAGUGGCACUGCUGUACAAGCUUCUGCUAUAUCCUUUUUUCCUGUCGCCACUUUCGAGGCUGCCGCAACCGCAUUGGUCGUGCUCCAUCACGUCGGCGUGGAUCCUGUGGGCGAGGUUCUCGGGGCGGGAAAACCGCACGUUGCAGAAGCUGCAUCGCAAGUAUGGACCUGUCGUGCGGAUAGGGCCCGCCGAGGUGAGUGUCAACAGCCUCGAGGCUGUCAAGACUGUAUAUCAGGGUGGCUUUGACAAGCACAGCUGGUACGAUGUCUUCAACAACUACGGUGUGCCAAACACAUUUUCCUCGACACAAUCCAAGCACCAUUCCGUGCGGAAACGCAUGGUGUCAAAUGUGUACUCGAAAUCGUACAUUGCAACCAGCCCGGCCACACAUGCACAGGGAAACGUGAUAGUUAACGACAGACUGAUGCCACUGUUGCAAAAGUCGGCCAGCCAGAAACAGCAGCCACACGGUAUCAACGUACAUUCUCUGUUCUGCGCCGUGGCCAUGGACUUUAUAACGGCAUACUGCUUCGGGAUAUCACGCUCGUCCAACUUUAUCCAGGACAAGAACUACAGAGACCACUGGUUAAAGCUAUACAUGACUCGAAAGGGGUACGGCUUCUUCGAACAGGAGCUACCUUACUUAGAGUCUCUCGUUCGCCGAACAGGCUUCAGCCUGACGCCCGCCUGGGUUCGAGCGACGAAUGAAGAGCUCCAAGGCUGGUGCAAGAGCAAGAGCGAUGCAGCUGUGGAGUAUGUGCACAGGACAACCGGCUCCUCGGCACCGCUCGACGCUUCUAAUGAACCCGUCGUUGUUCGGGCCAUGCUGGCGGGGAUUGACCGCGAAGCGAGGAAUAACGGCGAGAGCUCUCUCAUUCACUCCACCGCUGUUCAGCAUCCUGAACUAUCGGUGGCCUCUGAGGUCCUCGACCACGUCUUGGCGGGCCAGGAGACCACUGGCGUCUCGUUGACUUAUUUGUCGUGGCAUCUCUCGCAGUCGCCUGACCUGCAAAGGGAGUUGCGAGAGGAACUGCGCUCUGCCUUCCCCAGUCCUUUCUCAGUACAAUUGGAUGGGAAUGGGGAGGACGCCAAACUGCACAUCCCCGAUGCGAAGCGGCUCGACGCGCUCCCAGUCCUGCAUGCAGUCAUUAUGGAAACAGUACGCCGGUACGCUCCUGCUGGCGGGCCGGAGCCGCGGGUUGUUCCGGCUUCUUCGUCAGUCAUUGCAGGUCAAGAAAUUCCUGGUGGUACACGCAUAUCGGCCUCGGCGUAUAAUCUGCACCGUGACGAGCGAGCGUAUCCCGAUCCGUUGAAGUGGGAUCACACAAGAUGGCUGAGGACAGUCGUUGGCGCGGAAGGCGACGAGGGGGAGUCUGCAGUCGCGAACCGACACUUCUGGGGGUUCUCCAGUGGCGGCAGAAUGUGUCUUGGCUCGAAUUUCGCGAUGCACGAAAUGAAACUUGUCGUGGCUGCCAUCUGGGCCAACUAUGUGACGCACAUUGUCGACGAUGUAGGAAUCGAGCAGACUGAUGCGUAUACGGGUCACCCGAGGAGCAACUCGCUGUAUCUGCGGUUCGAGAGGGUUAUAUAGGCACCUAGCCGGACCUGCCAAGGUAUUCUCUGGGACGAUACAAGGCUGUACUGUUACACGACCAGUCUCUCCAAAACCUUGCCGUGAGGUCCUUGCGGGACUGUGGCUCUUGCGGUGUUCCAUGUCCUUUUCUGCAUGGAUGAUUUGUGACCCGAGUCCUUGAUAUAUCCUGCCACGGCACGCAGCUGUAUGAGUCUGUCCAUGCUAAUGCUGGUCAGCUGGAC